AUGUUAGCUCUACGGAGACGCGACAGCGGCAGUGAGAAAGAGGGGGAAGAUGCACUUUGGGACAGAUUACAAUCUCACGAGGGCGUUUCUACACCUGACUCCAUUGAACACCUUCAACAUUUCAUCCACAAAAGCACCAGACAGGGUGUGUCAACAGCCAAAGACCAGAAUCGCUCGGUUAUCAAGCCAAAUGAAGUACAGCCCGAAACCUCGCAGGGCGAGCAGCAACAGCCACCACUCCAGGACCCUAUCAGGCAAUCCACAGCUCCAUCCCAGAAGACGACGUCUUGGCCUGUGACGCCAUCUGAUAGCUUGCAGGAUGGACAGCCGGAAACGAGUUGCCAGUCAUCGCUCGCCCCAUCGGGCCCCGCCAAAGCAGGCUCACCUAGCAACCAAGCUCAGACCUAUGCAAAGAUUGAGAAGUCACAAGGAGAGAGAGCUGGGAAGGUUGAAACGCAUGUUGAACACCUCAGCAACUCCAACCAAACUCAAAUGCACGGUGAGAGUCUCCAUGGCACCCUGGGACGGUCACUCGCCAUCGGGAGCCAAGUAUCUUUCCGGAAGAGAAAACCACACCCUUGGCCAAAUCCUCAGGACUCGCUGGGAGAGAUGAUCCGAACAACCAAUAAGAAGAUCAAAGGGAAGGCAUGGAUUGCCGAGGGACCAGCUCUGGAUCUAUUCGAGGCUCAAAUACGUCCGAAGAUUGAAAACUUACUGCACGAUAUUGAGCCACCUCAAUGUGCACCUAUAUUUCUUUCAAUUUACAUGAUUGGAAAGGCAGACGCGACUGCCAACCCAAUUGUAAUGAUCUGUUGCUGCGAUCGGAAGGCUCGAAAGGAUGCAGAGGCCCUGAUCCGAGAAAGUGACAUUCUGCAGCAGUUCCCUCAGGUUGGACUCGGAAACAGCUCGUCUCUAUUGGAAACAACUGCAUUUGUGAUUCCUGUUACCGGAAAAUCUCCAGCGACUCAAAUGGGUCGUCAGAGCCCGACAAGCUUUGACAUACAUGCCUCCGGGGAACCAAUCAUUGGGCGGCGGCUUAGGUUCGUCAAGAUCACCGAUGGCAGAGCAACUGUCCGAUUCGCUACAGGCGGACCUUUCAUCCGGAUUGGAGAAAAGACAUACCAAUUGACGGCUUAUCAUACCGGCCAAGAAGACACAGGCGCGGAUUCGGCCGCGCAGUUCGACUCCGACACCGAUGACUGUGAAUAUGAUGGCCAGUCUGAUACAGAUGACGAUGACGGUCAAUUUGAAGGGGAUACCACAAUGAAGGAGUCUCCAAAAGAAACUAGCGACAGCCCGCUCGCAUCUGAAUCUGCGUCGCUGUCAAUGGACAUUUCUUCUAAGAAGGUUGUCCAACAAAAUCUCUGGACCGCGCUAGACAUGUCAGAUGUGAAUCAAAUUCUCCUGAGCCGCAGAAAAAUCGAUUACUUUCUGGUGAGGCUUCUAGCUGGGGAGGCAAGGAAAGCAAGUAACGCAAUCGAGAAGGUUGGAGAUCAUGAUGCGCUUCAGGCCACAGAUAUCGCUGCCAUGCCAAAACCAGGUACCCAAGUGGUCGUGAUCACAUCAUACAGUCAUAUCCAUGGGUCCAUUCUGCUUGGGAUUCAGAGAGCCAAAAUGCAGGGGUUCUACGGCUUUCAAAACCUGAUCGCGGCACGUCUCUCGUCCUCAAUAAAGACAGGCGACUCAGGGUCAGCAGUCUUCGACGCUAACACAGGAUGUUUCUAUGGCCAUGUUGUCAUGGGAUCUGCACCGGACUCGAUCAUUUAUAUCGUUCCCUCGGUUGAUACUUUCACUCACAUUUCUGAAAUGUUUGGAGAAUCUCCGACUCUGGACAUCCGUUCAUCAUUUCUCAACGAAGAGAUUCCGCCCACAGGUUUGCAGCGAGAGCAAGAUCGAAUGAUUGUAACUAAGAGUCUGCUUGAGGAAAUGAACAAAUAUGCAGACAGAAAGCUACGACUAUACCAAUCAGCAACUUGA